UAUUCCUCAUAAUUUCUGGAAACUGGGGAGAAAAAUCGACGCGUUCCCCAGAAGAAAAACAAAGUCCCUAACCCCCCGGGAAAAAAAAUAAAAAUAAAAAAAAUCCAACGGCGGAAAAUGCUGAUGUGCGGCGUGGCGGCGGAGGGGCCGUUGGUCUUGCCGUGCCCUUCGAACUCCGGCGCCGGAUUUCGCUCGCCGCCGGUGGAUUUUAGAGCCCUUCCCACCACCAAGGCUUUCGCUUUUACUGGCUACCCCAGAAUUGGAUUAAACACCCAGAACUGCCCGGUGAGGAGCUUUAAGGUGAGAGCGCUCGAGGUUUCUGGGGAAGGCCAGAUGCCGAUUGCUCCGCUUCAGUUCGAAUCUCCGACAGGUCAACUUCUGUCACAGAUAAUGCAAUCACAUCCCCACCUACUUCAGGCAACUAUUGAUCAGCAGCUUGAAAGGCUUCAGUCAGAUAGAGAUUCUCAGAAGGAUGAAGCUUCACUCUCUCCUCAAGAUCUCCUCCUUUACAGGUUAGUACCUUUAACAGAAGAAGUCAAAGACAAGGAGAGGAAGAGGGCUCUAGAGGAGAUCAUCUACUGCUUCAUCGUGCAGAAAUUCAUCGAAAACGACAUCUCAAUGAUCCCUACAAUUUCAUCUAACUCCCAUCCUGCAAGUCAAAUUGAUUCGUGGCCUAACCAAGAAGAGAAGCUGGAAAAGGUGCACUCCCCCCACGCUUUAGAGAUGAUUCAGAGCCACCUCACCCUUAUUCUCGGAGAAAGGAUUGUGGGGCCACUCAACACCAUCGUCCACAUCAGCAAACUGAAGCUCGGGAAACUCUAUGCCGCGUCGAUCAUGUACGGUUACUUCCUCAAAAGAGUCGACGAGAGAUACCAACUCGAGAGAACUAUGAAAACUCUCCCCAAAAGCCGCACGGAGAAGAAGUCAAUUUUGGAUGAUAUGAAGCCUAACCCGUUCUGGGACUUGGAAUCGAUGGUGCAGAUUUCACCGUCGGACGAAGAUGACGACGAUGGAUCCGACGGUGGUGAUGAGGAGUCUAACAAGUCUUAUAGAUUGAGGUCUUAUGUGAUGUACUUGGAUGCAGAGACUUUACAGAGAUAUGCAACAAUAAGAUCGAAGGAGGCUAUCUCAUUGAUCGAGAAGCAGACGCAGGCUCUAUUUGGGCGGCCGGAUAUAAGAGUUGCGGACGACGGAUCGAUUGAUGCUAAGAAUGAUGAAAUGGUUGCAGUGACAUUCUCUGGGCUGACCAUGUUGGUUUUGGAAGCCGUGGCUUUCGGGUCAUUUCUAUGGGUAGCGGAGGGCUACGUUGAAUCUAAAUAUCACUUCUUUAACAGCUGAGUGCUCAGGUUUUGGUACUGUCAAUCUAUUUAACUACUGCAUAUUUAUGUUUCUCUUAGCAAUUCUUGAGCGCAGCCCUGUAUAUAUAUGUUUUUAUGGGACUUGUUGGUAGUAGAAGUGAUUUUAAUGGGCGGAGUUUAUCAUGAAAGAUCCUGUUUAUUAUAUGCAUGUACGUGAUUCUCAAAAGUAUAUUAUUGAGUGUGAUCGUAUCUUA